AUGCGACGGCGUGGGGCGCCGACGGCGUCGGGCGGCGCGUCGCGGAGCCGCGACACGUCGGCGGACGCGAUGGUGGGUCAUGAUGGGGUCUACUCGCGCGAAAUCACCCUGUGGACGCACCAGCCGCCGAAUUUCUCGACGCAUAGCUUUGUCCUGAAUCCGGCGUACGCGCUGCCGCAGGUGUCGGAUGCGGAGCUCCUUGUGCUGACCGACGCAGCAGGGUGGGCAUCGCUGUGUGGGGACCGGGGGCGUGUGCAGCGCGCGCUCGUGUUUACCCCGGCGCAGGCGCUGGCGGACGUCGACGUGAUUUCGCGGCAGCAGCAGCUCCAGCUGAGCAUUGCCAAGAACAUUGCAGGGCUCUAUGGCUUUGCGAAUCGCACCGAUGUCGUAUUGGGGCGCACAUCGCGCGCGGCGCACACGAUAGACCAUGUCGAGCUCUACUUCAAGGACCAGUACAUUGGGCGCUCGGACAUGUGGCGCCUGAGCACCUCGCUCCAGGACCAGUGCGUCUACGUCGGCCAAAAGAUCCAGAUGCCGGCGGGGAUGCGCGCGACGAUCGGGCGCCUGUAUAUCGACGGGAAGCGCGCGCUCUCUGGCUACGUCGCGCCCUCGACCAAGGCCGUGUUCCGCUCGGAGUCGGCCAAGUACGAUAUCCUGAUCCAGAUGAGCAAGGAAAUGUGGGAGUUUGACGAGGGCGGCGAGAUCUACUACGAAAAGGUGCUCCAGGGAUUUCUUCCUGCGCUCUUGUCCAAGUGGGACGCGAUCGGGACGAACCACAUCGUAUCGGUCGUGCUUUUUACUCGCGUGCUCUACGCCAAGGACGAACGCGACCGCCUCGAGGGGCUGCCAGUCCAGCAGACGUGCACGGGGCAGCUGUACGUCGACUACUACAAGGUGAUUGUCGACCUCGAGUCCAAUACACACUGGCCGACUGUGAUGCGCGUGCUCAAGGAGGAGUUCUUCCGCUUCCAGCACGAUAUCCUCCUGCUGCCACGCCGCGCCGCGUCGGGGCAGGUGGCGCCGCCGGCGCCGGCCGACGGUAUGCGUGUCGAUGCGGCAGCAAUCGGAGGGCGCGUGCUCCUCGGCGAGUUUGCACACGCCCACGAGGGCAACGUGCUCGAGGCGGUGAACCUGGCGCUCAACCCGUUCGAUAAGCACUAUAUCGACCGCGAUCUGACGCGCACCGGCUUCGAACUCGUGCUGAUCACCGCCGGAACAGGUCACUUUCAGGUGGACAAGGCGCUCUUGCGCACCACGACCCAGCGCAUGGCCGAGAUCGGGAUCUCGGUCGACCUCGUGUGCCUCGCACAGAUGCCGCUGCACACCGCACCGAUCUUCUACUUUCGGUCCGCACCCCCGCUCGACCGCCGGAAUUCGCGCACGGGCAAGCCGACGCUGGAGCGCUCGCCGACAGACACAGACACACCGCUCUACUCGGACUCGAACGACACGGACGAUACACGGACCUACUACUUUAUGCCGUACUGGAUCAACUGCUCCUUCUACAACCAGGAACAGGACAAGUCCUUCCGUGCGGAUCGCUUCGUGUCGCGCUGCAAAAUGGACGGCCUGCGCAUGAUCGAGCUCAUUGGAUCGGGGCACCAGGACCUCUCGAUUCCGUACCUCGACCUGUCGGGCGACGCACACGCCUCGCCCAGCGCCGCGCAGCGCCGCUCGGCACGCGAGCGCUUCGACGCCAACGUCUUUCGGGGCGUCGGCAAGGCCGCCGCGCCUCUCUCCUCGCCAGGGCCCGUGCCGGGGCCAAGCGCCGCGAUGCAUAUCGGCCUGCCGGCCAAGUCAACGCGCCAGCGCGACGCCACGUCGCCCGGCCGCACGGCCGCCGUCGCCAUCGAGGCGGCGCGCCGCGUCGCCACGCCGCUCGCGCUCGCGCCCGCCAUCACCGCGAACCGUGCGGGGUCGCGGGCGCGAUCGGAUAUACGAUAUACCCCCGGGACGCGUGCGCCGUCGAUUGCGUCGCACGCGUCCUUCUCUACGCUCCUCGAAGAUCCCGGAAAGGCGCCGCCGCUCGUCGCAGAGACCGUGACCGAGCUUGUGGCCGUGCCGGCGGGCGAGGCGCGUGCGCGCCCCAAGCCCGCCUCGUUCCUGCGCAGUGUCCUGGGCCGCUGGGGCUUGGCGGCUCUCGCUGCAUCGCGCGCUGGCGACUUGGCGCAUACGAGCGCCAAGAACGCCUCGGCACUAAUUUCUGAGGCGCUUGCGCACCGCACCGCAGAAGAGGCGAGCGACGCGCUGCUGCUCGUGCACCCCGCCAGCGAGUCGGUGCAGAUUGCCGAGGCUGCGCCGGUGCUUCUUCCGCUGGAAGAAGAGGCGGCGGCGCAGCCGCUCGUGAACCCCUCGAAUCCGCGCGCAACGACAUUACACGCACCGGAUUCGCUCUUGCUGCGCUGGCAGCAUGUGUUCUUGGAGCGCACGAACCACCACGCAGUCAAGUGGUGGUCGAUGACGUCGCCUGCGUGCCUGCCACUCACGACGCAGCACCUGCCGACCGACGCCGAGCUGCAGACGGGCUGGGAAGAGUACCCCUACUCGAUUUCGGUGUACUCGGACGCGGCGUCGUUCCUGCUCAAGCGCGGCACGUCGACCUCGCCCGCACUUGCGAUGCUGCGCGAGAUGUGCGCGCAGCGCCUCUCGCAAGGCUUCCAGUUUGUCGAGCACCAGGUGCUGCGCCCAGGCUACUACGCCGGGCGCGAGUCGCGGUACUACGCCCUGCAGCACCCCGCAGAGCUGCUGCGUCCAGGCAACUUUUCGACAGGCGACCCCAUCUACCUGAGCACCACGACGCAGAUCCACUGCAUUGCGUACAACCGCCAAGCCGGCAUGAUCCACGUGAAGCGCUACCUCAAAAAGACGCCGUACUCGACCGAGCCCGUGUCGUACAAGUGCUGCAUCUGGCCGCGCUACCUCUCGGGAUACCACGCGCACCACGCGCACUUUGCCUACCCCGAUCCCCACGCGUACAACUGGACGUACCUCGACUCGCUCAUUGCGGGCUACGAAGAGUCACUUACCGACUCGCUGCGUUUCUGGCGCGCACGCUUCGUGCUGGUCCCCAGCGAAGGCUCGCCCCCGGCUAUGACUGCGCCGAGCGGCGAGAAACUCAGCGACGAGGAGGUGCGGCUGCUUGGCACCGACCGUCUCGCCGAGCUCUUUGCGCGUGCCGAGUACCAUCCGCCGCACGCCGCACGCCCGGAGCGCAACGCGGUCCUACGCUUCCUCCCCACGACACUCGACCCCAGCUCGUCGAUGCUCGACACGCAGUUUAUCGACGGACUACGCGCCGUUGCGGACGAGCUAUCGCGGCGGCGCACCACUGAGCCACGCCGCCGGUGCGAUGCACACUCGCGCUCUCUUGCGACGCUCGCGGCCGAGCUGCGGCAGAGUGCCAAGGAGCUCAAGAUCCACGACCGCCUCUGGGACCGCGUGCUGUAUCCCGAUACCUUUACCGGCACGGACCUCGUCAACUAUCUGUGCCGUGCGUACAGCGACGUGCGUGCGCGUGAUGACGCGGUGCUGCUGGGCCGCCAGCUCCUCGACGAGGGCUACAUUGAGCAUGUGCGCCACGUCCACGGCUUCUUGGACGGCCACUACUUUUACCGCCUCGCGCAAAAGAGCGACGAGGGCGUCGAGUGGGCACCGCCCAAGACGCACACGUCGCCGCGGCGCGCCCGCACGCGCGACCGCCUGCAGCUCAGCCGCUCGCUCCUGAUCGACCUCGAUCCAGGGAAAAAGAGCGACCGUGCAGAGAUUGCUGUGCUGCACCACGACUGGGCGCACAAUGCCGAAAAUGGUUUCAACUUCCAAAUCCACUGGCUCGGCACGACGGCGCGGCUCAUUGAAGAUAUCGUGCAGACGUGGACGCGUACGGUCGAGCGCUACGGUCUGCGCCUUGUCGAGGCGCCGAUCGGGCAGAUCAAGGACGUGAGCCAACAAAAUCCGUUCCAGGCGCCGCUGCCGAUCGCACUUGCGCUCGCGCCGCCGGCGCGCGACGAGUACGCCCACCUCGUGCAGGAUGCGCGCCUGGCGCACAGCGAGACGGACAUUUCUCCGCCGCGCAACGACAUGGAGUACUGGCUCUUUCGCCAUGUCCUCGCGGACUACGCGGCGCAUAUCGACCAGCUCUUUGAAUUUGCGCUCCUGCGCCACUUUGGGUUCGUGCUGGACCAGGAGGCUGCGUCGCGAUACCCACCGAACAUGGAGCUGCUAUGCUCGUCGCGCCCGACGCAGUUUGAGUACUCGCAGUUUGUGCACCGCUCCGGCAUUGCGUUUGCGCAGGUGCGGGGGGGCGCCGAUGGGUUCCUCUGGCUCAACAACCGGCUCCUGUCGUCGCACCUGCCGUCGGUAAAGAACAUGCAAGGCAAGUCGCUCGCGCCGCCUCCGGACGCGGACGAGCUGCGCCGCACCUUCCAGCGGUUCUGCGAGGACAAAGCGGCGCUCGAGACGUUCUACCAGUCGGUGUGGGAUGCACUCGACCGGCUUACCGGUGUGGCAUAG